AUGGGCUCUCAACCACAAGCAGACAUCACCCUCUACACAAACCACAAGUGCCCUUUCGCGCACAGGGCACACAUUACCCUCACCGAACUAGGCCUCCCAUUCAAGCAAGAAAUCAUCGAUCUCAACGUUCCUCGCUCGCCAGAGUAUCUAGCCAUCAACCCUCGCGGUUUGGUGCCUACAAUCAUUCACAACGGCGAGACCAUCACCGAAUCUGCCAUCGUCUCGCAGUUUCUCGUAGACGCAUACCCGAAUUCUCUGCUCCCUGCGUCCUCGGACCGCGAUGGGGCGUUGAUCAGAGCCAGGAUCAGCUUCUUUGCUGAUACUUACUCCAGCAAGGUCCAGGCCCAUCUCAGCAAGGCUAUUUACCGCCCGAUUACAGAUGAGGAGAGAGAAGCGGCUGUUGAUGAUGCUAUUGCUGGUAUCGUCAAGGAGGUUGAGCCGCUUCUUAAGACUGCCGCGCCGUUUUUUGGUGGGAGCGAUAAGCUCACCUUUGCCGAGGUCCUCACUGCCCCGUUCGUCAUUCGGGCACUGUCCCUCUCCAAGCACGGCCUCAUCCCGACCAAUCUCUCCUCCCGCCUCGAGAAAGAGACCCCCAACUUUUACAGGUGGGCGCAGGCCAUUAGCAAGAAUGAGUCUGUCCUAGAGAUCUACGACGAGGACGCGAUUGUUCAAGGAACUAAGAACAAGAGGGCCCAGCUCCUCCGAGCGCAAGGCUAA